CUGAACCCUCCACGAGGGUGCUGACUGGUAAUGGGCACUACAGAGGAUUCUGUGCGAUGUCAGAAUGGUGCUCAGCUAAGAUCAGGAAUCAGUGCUAUGUGCUAAACUCCUUAAUAGCGUAGUCAUAUGGAAAUGGUUUCUGAUCGUGGCUUGGAGGUCUGAAGGGGCUGGAUCAAGGCGUCACGCGCACCGUACCGAGGAUCGGCCAGGCUGGGGGCCCCUAAAUAGCCCAGUCGCGAACGGAGCCCUCUGGGAGGCGGCCACACCCAGGAUGUAAGUAGGCCUUACCUGGGCAUCGCGGAUCUCUGCCCGGGUGGACGAACCCCCUUUCUCCGCAGCCCGUGGGAUCAAUUAUGGACAAAAAACAAAUAACAACAACAACAACAAAAACAGCAACAACAACAUCAAAAACAAUUUAUAAAGGGACCGGCCCCCUUAAAGCGUCGGAAGGGUCUCGGCCCACUAAACAAGGAGCUCAAGCGAUGCAGAGUACCUCCACCAGCCGUAGUGCGGUGACAAAUAGCGGGAAACCAAGGCCAAUGGUGAAACCGGGCCAAGCUCUCGCAAAAACGAAGGAAAGUGGCGGUGGGGUUGCUCAAAGGAGUCCACCCCGGGAAACUCCUGGCACCAGUGGACGCCAACCUGGCAUGCAGAUUGCAGCCGGGGAUAAGGCUGAAUCUGGGGCGCAGGCCCCGGGCGGUCCUCCCGCGACACCCACGGCCUUCACGAGGCCUGACCAGAGGCCAGAACCAGCUGCAGCGGGCUAUCGGCAGAGGAAGCUGGCUGCUCGAAUCCUGCAAAGGUUCACCGCAACGCCUGACCUGUGUAGCAAGGCGAAAGAAGAGCAUGUGAAGGAGAUCCUCACAGAAAUCGACUGGGCAAAGGCAGUCCUGCCCGACUACCGCAAGCCGGAGGAGAAGCAGCCGCAGGCGCCCUCCAGUAAGCGCAAUAGAUCGGGGGAAAAUACGCCCAACCAAUACGCAAAGAGGGUCAGAACGCAGGGGCCUUCUUUUGCUGAAGUAGCCAAGGAGCAGAUCCUGCUCGGCGUCAUCGAUGAGAGCAAUGAAGACAGCCUCACCCUGAGGCAGCAAUGGAAGUGGGUUAAGGCCGCGAUGGCCGACAUUGCUAUCAACAUUAUGUUGGAGAAUCCGGGACCUCCGCCAACCUGCAAGGGAGCGGGGUGGUUCCAAAAUAACAUCCGCGUUAUAGCAUGCGAGGAUGCUAGAUCAGCGGAGAUCUACAAGAAAACAGUCGCAGGUAUUGGAGAAGUCUACCCUGGUGCGAAGCUCAGGGCGGUCGACUUCAAGGACCUACCGGUGCGACCGAGAGCGAGAGCAUGGUUGCCUUGCAGGCCAGCGGAGCCAGAAAGGAUCCUCCAAACCAUAAGGCUCUAUAACCCGGAGCUACCUACCGAUAAUUGGAAGGUGGUCAAAAUCAACGAAAGCGGUAAAGCGACGAUGCAGGUUGUCCUGCUUCUAAAUAAGGACUCCAUAGAGUUGUUGGAGCAAAAGAGCGGGGUCAUACGUUACGGCUGUGACAUGGCCAAAAUUAAGGUCUACAGCAACGACGUAAACGCAGCGAAGAACCUGAUCGCGGAGGUAGAGCCGGAAGAGGCCAACAGCGACGUGGAGAUGGAGGAAGAAUCCGAGCAGGUUGAUCCGAUGGACGACCUGACCGGGGGUUAUGCCUCAUCGACGUCUUCGCUGGGGGUCGGACGCAUGCUUCGGCUUUAUACGGAGGAGGAGUUGAUCGAGAUGUCGGAAGACGCGGUCAACUCCACCCUAAUAGGCGACGUGGGCGAUAACGGCCAAGAUGGUGAAGGUACUGCAGAUUAACCUUCACCACUGUAAAGCAGCUUCAGCUGCACUGCUGCUCCAUCUAACAGCUAAAGGGGCAGCCGACAUCGUCCUAAUCCAAGAACCUUGGGUGGUGGGACAAAACAUUUGUGGGCUGAAAGCGCCGGGCUACAGACUGCGACGAGGACACAACAGCGGUCAGUCUAAGUGCAAACGGACGACCAAUUAGGAUGGCAUCCAUGUACCUAGCGCAUGACAAGGAGGUGCCAACUACCUGCAUUAAAGACCUAGUGGCCAGCACGAGAGAGGCGCUAAUUUUGGGAGGUGACGCGAAUGCCCACCAUCACACCUGGGGCAGCUCCGAUGAUAACGAACGGGGUGAGUCACUUUUUAAUUUCAUACUUAGUUCUAAGCUUGUUAUUGCGAAUAGGGGGAAUGAUCCCACUUUUAUUACAAAAUCCCGAAGGGAAGUUCUGGACGUUACCCUUAUCUCUGAGAAUGCGGAAUGUCUGGUCGGGAAGUGGAAGGUGCUUGAGGAGCACUCCUUUUCCGACCACCGAUAUAUCCAAUUCGAGGUAUUAGGGGAAACGCCCAAGGCUCCUCUAACUAGAAACUUGCGAAAUGCCAACUGGCAUAGGUAUCGGAAAGAGCUGGAUAGGCUUUUGCCACAAGAUAGAGAGCCGGCUACUCCAGCAAACCUAGAGGAGCUGGAAUAUCUUGUCGACCAUUUUACGGGGGCCUGCAGUAAGGCAAUAGACAUUGCAUGCCCCAAAAAGCAGCACCGGGGUAGGAAAAAGCCACCCUGGUGGAAUGAAGAAAUCAGGAUUUCACGCAAGAACUGCAGGAAAACCUUCAAUCAGGCUACUGCGUCUGGUAGUGAGGGACAUUGGGAGACCUACAAGACAACGUUACGGGAGUACAAGAAGCUCCUAAGAAGGUCGAAAAGAACCUCAUGGAAAGACUUCUGCAAUGGGGUGGAGUCUAUCUCAGAGGCAGGCAGGCUCAGAAAGAUACUCUCAGGUACUGCCCAGAAAGCCCCAGGAUGCUUGCAAAGACCUGACGGCUCCUGGACAGAGACCGAGGAGGAAUCACUGGAUCUGCUUCUUUGCACACACUUCCCGGGUGCCACGGAUAGCAUGCCGGUACAGCCACAUCUAACUGGAGAUCUUUCGGUCACUGGAGAUUUCCUCACUAGGGAAAAGGUCAUCUGGUCUAUUGGGACAUUUAAGCCCUAUAAAUCAGCAGGUCCGGAUGGCAUUGCCCCCAUACAGCUGCAGCAAACACUUCAGCUAAGCUCAGCGUGGCUACACGCUAUAAUUAAGGGAG